GUGGCGGCCAUGCCUGCGCAGAUGGCGGCAGCCGUGCCGACCAUACCUUCAGGGUCCGCGCACGUGCUGCAGCCCCAGGGCACGCUGGCCGGGUCGUUCGUGCCCCCGCUGUCCUCCAGGCACACGGUGCCGACCAACGGGCACGGGCAGCCGCAGCCCCACGUGCAGGCGGCGGGGCCGCCUCCAGGGCAGCUCCCGCGCCCGUCCCCGCGCAACGGCAGCUACGUCGCGUCGGCGCCGUCACCAGCGGCGACGCGUGCAGCAAGCGCGUCGGGAUCCUGCACCGUGAGCGUCCCCUCGUCGCCGGCGCUGCGCGUGCGCGACGUGCAGGCGGAGGCGCCCAAGCGCGAG